CCCGGUAUUGGUAUCGAUUUGCGUUAUCCUUGUUGUCAAAGCGAAGUCGGUCAACCUGGCUGUCAAAUCUGUCCUACUGGGCACGUGCAUGAAGCUAACAAGUGGUUAGAUAACGAGGGAUUUGUCACCACACUUCCACCGCUCCCGUCCAGUUUGACCAACCGUGACAAGGGGGACGAGGAUGCAGACGGAUCCGAGUCAGAUCGACCGGCGGUCAAUAUUUACGCAUUGGAUUGUGAAAUGGUCUACACCACGGCUGGUUGUGAAUUGGCUCGAUGCACAAUUGUGGACGCUCGACUGCGCACGAUCAUGGACUGUGUGGUUCGACCGGAUCACAUGGUCCUCGAUUGUAACACACGGUUUUCCGGUCUUACUGUGGAACAGGUCGAGGCGGCUGAAAUGCGAAUUACUGACGUGCAGUCCAAAUUGUUGCAUCUAUUCGACUCCGACUCCAUUCUGAUCGGGCACAGUCUGGAUUCCGAUUUGACCGCGCUGAAAUUGAUUCAUUCGAAAGUUGUGGACACCUCGGUCGUCUUCCCGCAUCGGCUCGGGCCGCCUAAAAAACGUGCUCUCCGCAAUUUGGUCGGUGAAUAUUUGCAUCGCAUUAUUCAACAGGGAGAAUGUGGACACAACAGUUUGGAAGAUGCCUCUGCCUGCAUGGAAUUGAUGCAGUACAAAGUGAAGGAAGAUCUUCGCCGGGGAAAAUGGGCUUUCAAGAAAACCGUUUGA